AUGCCCUUCUCCAAGACCGGACAGCCUUCAGAGGAAUGGCAACAGUUUUUGAGAGAUCGAAGCCUCACGUUAACGUCGACUACUUUGACCGCUGCUAUUACCAAACGCCAAGCCGAGAAAGGGCUGGCAAGCUUCCUGGAAUAUGGAGCUAUUGACAGAGCGCCUGAGGAGCGGAAGCGUGGAAUUACAAUUUCUACCUCCCAUAUUGAGUAUUCGACCGACAAAAGACAUUACGCGCACGUCGACUGUCCUGGCCAUGCUGAUUACAUCAAGAACAUGAUUACGGGUGCCGCAAACAUGGAUGGUGCUAUUGUCGUUGUUGCUGCUGCUGACGGCCAAAUGCCUCAAACACGUGAGCAUUUGCUCCUUGCCCGACAGGUCGGUGUCCAAAAGAUCGUCGUUUUCGUGAACAAAGUCGACGCCCUUGAGGACAAGGAGAUGUUGGAGCUUGUCGAGUUAGAAAUGAGAGAGCUCUUAAACACCUACGGAUUCGAGGGUGAAGAGACACCCAUCAUCUUUGGUUCUGCCCUUUGCGCCAUGGAAGGCCGUGAGCCUGAGUUGGGAGAGAAGAAAAUUGAUGAAUUGCUGGAGGCUGUUGAUACUUGGAUCCCCACACCACAACGUGAUACCGAAAAACCUUUCUUGAUGUCCGUUGAAGAAGUAUUCUCUAUCUCCGGCCGUGGAACCGUUGCCUCCGGCCGUGUUGAGCGCGGAGUCCUCAAGAAGGAUUCAGAAGUCGAGCUAAUUGGGGGCGGCUCCACCCCCAUCAGGACGAAGGUAACUGAUAUCGAAACUUUCAAGAAAUCCUGUGACGAGUCUAGAGCUGGGGACAACUCCGGUCUUUUAUUGCGUGGUAUCAAGCGUGAAGAUAUCCGCCGUGGUAUGGUAGUUGCCGUUCCUGGCAGCGUCAAGGCCCACGACAAGUUCUUGGUGUCGAUGUAUGUCCUGACCGAAGCUGAGGGUGGUCGCCGAACCGGAUUCGGCCAGAACUAUCGUCCUCAAAUGUUCAUCCGCACAGCUGACGAAGCCGCCCAUUUCAGCUUCCCUAGUGGAGCAGAUGAAAGCAAACUCGUUAUGCCUGGUGACAACGUCGAGAUGAUCCUCCAGACACACCGCCCCGUGGCUGCUGAAGCCGGCCAGCGAUUCAACAUCCGUGAGGGAGGCCGCACUGUCGCGACCGGCCUUGUCACGCGUGUCUUGGAGGAAUAG